AGGAAGCUUGCAAAAGGUUUGGAGAGUAACAUGCCAACAGGAUCGGAUAUUUUGAAAAUGAGCUAUUCUUGCGAUCUUGAGAAAAUGGCAUCCAAGUCAGUUAAGGAAUGCCGGGAUGAAGUUGCCGAUAGAUCACUACCUGGCGUGGAAAACACUUUUAAAGUGAAGAAGAGCAAAAUAAUGAAAAAAUCUCAAGCACUUUCUUACGUUCGUUCUUCUCUUAUUCAUUGA